AUGGGAGGCAAAGGCAAACCGGGAAGAGAAAUCUUGAAGACCUCGUUGCACCUUGUGGAAGAGUACCAUGCUGUGAACAAAUUCAGACCAGAAGAUGCCCAAGGGGUGAGGCCAGUGAUAACAUGGAGGCCUCCUACCCGAGAACAACAUAAGGUGAACAUCGAUGGUGCAGUCUUCAAGCAUAGAAAAAAGGCGAGAAUUGGUGUGGUGAUUCGGGAUGAAAAUGGGGUGGUAACAGCAGCCUUAAGUAAGAUAUUAAAUGCACCUCUGGGAGCAAUGGAGAUCGAAGCAAAAGCAAUGGAAGCAGGUGUACUGUUUGCACAGGAUGUGGGGAUUAGGGAGGCAAUGUUUGAAGGAGACUCGUUGGUCAUUUGCAAGGCCCUCCAGGGUGAGGGGGAGGCUCCCUCAUCCACUCAUAAUGUGUUGGUAGUAACAUUGGAACAAACCUCAGGCUUUAGAAGCUUUUAUUUCUCUCAUGUAAAAACACAGGGAAAUGUCUCUGCUCACUUGUUAGCUCAGUACGCAAAAGAGGUCGAGAACUAUGUAGUUUGGCUAGAGGAAUGCCCUAGCUUUUUAGAGCACGUGUGUGCUCAUGAUAUGUCUGUAGUCUCUCAUUCCUGA